AUUUACACUGUCUACCGUUAUCAAUCGUCAACUGCGCUUGACUACCGAAGAGCGAUAUAAAAAGCUGGCUGUGCUAUUAAAACAAAUUUAGUCUCUAUUGGGCGAUAAAAACAAACGGUAUUAUAGUUAAAAUGAAGUACAACACACAAAUUGCUAUUUCGUUGCUACUCAUAGCAACAGUCGGCUUGUGGGUACAACCGACGACAGCGACGUGUGGCGUCUGCGGUACAAAUGGCAUUGCCUGCAUCAGCGAGUCGGAAUUCUAUAUUUGUUUCAACAAUCAACCCGAUAAAAGCACCAAACACGCAUGUCCCGACGGUGGCACAUGCACCAGCCUGAUGAUGAAAUGUUCGGAUGCCGCUAAUGCUCCAGCCGAUUGUCCGGCUCUCACUUGUGGAUGUACUGUGGACAGCGGCAUGUUCGCCUGCACCAGUCGCACCACUUUUGCUCAAUGCAAUGACGACGAGGUCGUCACAAGGGGCACGUGUCCCACGGGCUUAGUGUGCGCAGCACAGCGAGGAGGUGAAAUUUGUGUCGAUGAAUGCUUAUUGGAUGGUAAAAUAGACUGUGAUAGCGAAGCUAUUGUAGGUUAAAUGCUUAAUUUUGGGUGUUGAGAUUUGCUUAUAAUUGUCUAGGUUUAAAUUGUUUGUUUUAUCAAUAAAGAGAAAAAGUAAAAUAUA